AUGGGCGAUAACGGCAACCCGAACAUGGCUGCUCAGUUGCAGCAGCUUCAGCAGCAGAUCGAGCAGAUGCGGAAGGCUCAACAAGAUCGAGAACCGCAACCUCGUCCUGCUAUUGGAGACAAGGACAAUCCGCACACCUUCUAUCAAAACCGGUCUGCGAUUGUCCCUCCAAACGUGCAGAGGCAAGACUUCGAGAUCAAGCCCGGCAUGAUCGCUCUAGUCAAGGAUCACAUCUUCCAUGGACUUCCUGCUGAGAUUCCUGCGGACCAUAUCCAGAACUUUGAGGAGAUAUGCAGCACGACUGGUUCGAAUGGAGUACCGGCUGACUUUCUGAAGUGCAAGCUAUUCCCGUUCUCACUUGCCAACAAAGCAUCUCGCUGGCUGAAGUCAUUACCACCUGGUUCUUUGACUUCAUGGGACCAAGUUAGAGCAGCUUUCCUGGACCACUUCUACACGAAAGCAUCUUUCCAGCAGUAUGAUGGAGAAGCUUUCUGCGAAGCAUGGGAGAGAUACAAGGAGUGCCGAAGAGAGUGUCCUCAUCACGGAUACUCUGACGAGCAGAUCCUGAGCAUCUUCUACGAUGGAGUCAACUGGGACUACAGGAAUGCUUUGAACGCAGCCAGCAAUGGCGAUUUCAUGACGAAGUCCAAGGAAGGUGCAUUCGAGCUGAUCGAGAAUCUUGCAGCGAGCUCGAGCAACAAGAACGCUGAGUACGACAGAACAGUGAGCACUGUAUCUGUCAAAGGAAGCAGUGCUGACGCGAAGAAGAUUGAGGAGCUCACUGCGAAGGUGAAUCUAUUGAUGAAGGCGCAGCAGAAGUCUGUUCACGAGAACGAUGAUGCACCUAUCUCUCAAGAGUUUGGAGGAGAAGAGGACGACGAUGAUCAGAUGGAGGAUCAGGUCUAUCCGCCUCGAUCGAACCAGAACCAGCAGAGUUAUCAGAAGAGCUAUCCUAACAGCUUCCAGGAGAAGACCUUUGCCCCAAACCAGAAUCGUUCUCAGGGAGGUAACCAACAGAAGGCGCAGUUCAGCAAUCAGCAACAACCUUCAGGUUCAUCGAACAACUCGAACGAUGAGCUUAAGGGUAUGAUGCAGCAGAUGUUGAUGAACCAGCAGAAGUCCACUGCGGAGACACACUUGAAGAUAGACACCAUGUACAACGAUCUGAAUGGGAAGUACGAAGCUGUGUGGACUCACGUGAAGAAGCUGGAUGUCCAAGUCGCUCAAACCGCUGAAGCUGUGAAGAGACCUCAUGGAACCCUUCCUGGGAAAGGAGAGCAAACCCCAGGAACGAGGCAGGCAAGGAGAAAGCCGACGAGAACUGGAAGAAGUGAAGUCGAUCGAGCUGCAUCCAGCGGAGUCGAUCGAGCUGGUGAUGACGCCUCAAAAGACUUGGAGGAUGCAAAGUGUAAGGAGAUGCUGAAGGACUUGACUGUGAAGCUGCCUCUGUCUGAUGCUGUUCAGAUGAUUCCUGCUCUGAAGAAGUACAUGAAGGAGCUGAUAUCUGGGAAAGUAGCUGAGGAUGAGAACGUCAUGCUAGUAUCGAGGAGUGCAGCGCUGUGCUGCAGAACAAGGUGA